GAGGGGCAGUAGUGAGGGUCAGGCUCCAUGACGGGAUGUGUUGUUGUUGAGUUGAUGCUCUAACUUUAUCACGAAAUGCCGCUCCAAAUGCAAGGAGGCCUUAUGCAGAACAAUGUAGAGCCAAUGGUAAUUGAUAUGGCAGUGGAGGAAAAUGACAAUACAGAGGAUGAGCCAGUUAUUGUGGAGAGUACGUCAUUGGACCUUGAGACUUACGCCAACUGCUACACAGGCCUUGCAAAGUUACAGCGACUCGUCUUUAUAGCCGACCGAUGCCCCCAGUUACGUGUGGAAGCUCUUCGAAUGGCCAUACAGUAUGUCCAGACAACUUACAAUGUCAACUUAUAUACUCAACUCCACAGGAAGAUGCAAGAAGCAGUCAGUGGAGCCAAUGCAGGAAAUGCAAGCUUACCAGAUAUAGCAGGAGGUCAGGUGGGUGGCGGGGUCGUAGCCACCUUACCUGUCCUCGACAUGCAGUGGGUCGAAUCUCGUGCCAAAAAAGCUGCGUUGAAAUUGGAGAAACUUGAUACUGAUCUAAAGAAUUCUAAGGUUAACAGCAUCAAGGAGUCAAUUCGUCGAGGCCAUGAUGAUUUAGGUGAUCAUUAUUUGGAUUGUGGUGAUCUUUCUAAUGCCCUGAAGUGUUAUUCUCGAGCCCGGGAUUACUGCACCUCCUUCAGACACAUUAUCAAUAUGUGUCUUAAUGUGAUUAAGGUUUCCAUCUACCUAAAUAACUGGUCACAUGUCUUGAGCUACGUAAGCAAAGCUCAAGCAACUCCAGAAGUUUCAGAAUCUAGGCCAAGCAAUAACAAAGACCAAUCGGCUGUAAUCCAGACCAAAUUAACGUGUGCUGCGGGGUUAGCGCAACUAGCCACAAGAAAAUACAAGGUAUGCUGUUUGAAGUGAAUCUGCUGCUGAUAGGUGAUGCCAGGC